CCCGUCCCGCUCAGUAGACAAUUUGCAGUUGUACUGGUGAUACGAAGGAGAAUAAUUGGUGGGACGCUGCGGUGCUCUUCCGUCAUAAGGGCUCCGUCUUGCUACGCUUGGUGAAUGCAGAGAAUGCGGAGAAAAUAGUUUGUACCGAGUGAUUGGGCUCCACGGAAGGCGAAACAUGGCGAUCGAGAAAUCCGCUCCCAGCAAGCUCCGGUGGGGCGAAUUGGACGAGGAUGAUGGCGAGGAUCUGGACUUCCUGCUGCCUCCGAAGGAAGUGAUUGGACCUGAUGAGAGUGGGAUUAAACGAGUUAUUGAGUACAAAUUCGACGACGGUAACAAGGUCAAGAUUACGACUACGACUCGCGUGAGGAAGCUGGCCAAGGCCCGCUUGAGUCGACGGGCGUUAGAGCGGAGAAAUUGGCCCAAGUUCGGCGACGCUGUCCACGAGGACGUAGGGGCUCGGCUAACAAUGGUCUCUACCGAGGAGAUCUUGCUUGAACGACCCAGGGCUCCAGGUAGCAAACAGGAAGAUAACAAGAUGGGUAGUGAUAACUUGUCUCAGCUAUCCAAAGGAGCUGUUCUCAUGUUGUGCAGAACUUGUGGGAAGAAAGGAGAUCACUGGACAUCAAGGUGUCCGUACAAGGAUCUUGCUGCCCCGUCUGAAUCAUUUGUUGAUAAGCCUCCUACAUCUGAGGCUACUGCUCCAGGUGGAGCCACAAAGGGUUCUUAUGUCCCACCAAGCAUGAGGCCUGGUGCUGAGAGAAGUGUUGGUUCGGAUAUGCGUCGCAGGAAUGAAGAGAACUCAGUUCGUGUCACCAACCUCUCCGAGGACACACGUGAGCCCGACUUGCUGGAUCUCUUCCGCCCAUUUGGUCCGGUGAGUCGUGUCUAUGUUGCUAUCGAUCAGAAGACUGGUGUCAGCAGAGGUUUUGGGUUUGUCAACUUUGUAAGCAAGGAAGAUGCGGAGAGAGCGAUAAACAAGCUGAAUGGAUAUGGUUAUGACAACCUUAUUCUUCGUGUUGAGUGGGCUACACCUAGAACGACCUAGAGAUCAAUACCAGGAGGGCUCUGCAAGUUUUGGCGGAUCUUUUUGACAGUAUCUGUAAGCUUUUCUUGCCAUUUUCCAUUUCCAUGAUGGCGCUUGAGGGAGCUGAAGAUAUAUAUUCAGUGUUUUAUAACUUCUUUUCUUCAUCUAGUCCUAUACUAUGCCAUAUUGAUCCGACUACCUUGGAAGAUCUUUUGUCAUUGCAGUUUGUAUUCCAGUUGGGAUCGCUGGAUUCUAAUAUGCAACAGAACAGAAGAUAAUUUGUCUUCUUAGGGCUUCUGUCUUAAUUGGUUGGCUGGCUUAACUGAUUUGGGUCCAGAAUUGGCAGCCAAAGCUGUGUCGGGAUUUGGUUUCGGGUUGGGUAUCUCAUAAUGAUUGGUGACGGUAUAGGCAACUUCAACUUCAUGUUUUUUAUUGAGUCAAGGUAUUAGCAA